UGACACAGUUCGUCAACAAAAAGGUGGUUUAGCCUCUAACAGGUCGCGGUGCAUUAAAUUCGAACAAUUUCAUCAGAUAUGUCCGCUCUGCAAGGAGCAGACGGAGACAUUGUUCCAAAAUGUGCCGCUCUUCACUUGGUCGGUGGGAAAUACGCGUUUCAAGAGGGCGAACAGUUUCAAAACUACGAACAACUCAUGGAGCGGAUGGACUUGCACUCGAAGGAGAGCAUGGUGUACUAUUGGCAUCGCGACAGUCGCACCGUGGAAAACGCGCAUACGAAAACAAGCAGGCCGAUAUCGGCGCAUUUGAAGUAUUACUCGCUGCGGUUUGCUUGCAUUUACGGUGGCGUGCGGAAGCCCAUUCGUGGGAGCAAGCAACGCGCGCCGAAGGGCAACCAUAAACGAACUGAUUGUCCCGCGUAUGUUUUGAUGCGCGCCUCGAAGUGCGGUCAGAAGUUGGAAGUGGCGUCCGUUUGUAAUGUCCACAAUCAUGAGAUCUCGGAACAGGAGGCGGAAAAGCUGCCGCAAACUAGGCGGAUGUCGGACGAUGUGAAAGAUGAGGUUAUUGAGAUGCUUAAGUUAAAAAUUGAUCGAAAGAAAAUAAUCGAAUACGUGCAACUACGCGACGACAAAAACAUAACAUCAAAAUGUCUAUUCAAUUUGGCAGCUCGAAUACGAUCGACAGAGUUGGGUCCCGUGGAACCAGAAAAAAGAGCCCAAAUUCUUCAGAGGAUAAUACAGUUCUCCCAAGAAAAAGGAAUUCGCACAAUAGUUUCUAACGAACUAACCAACAGCGAAUCGGACGAAUCGACAUAUUAUCAAAUAGGAAGCAAUGACUUGAUCGAGUACAUUUCUCCAGAGCAUGAAUUCGGGGUUAACGAGACAAUUAUUGGUUCAAUAGUUGAGGCUAGACAGCGUGAUACGAAAGAGGUUUCAUUCACUGCAUUAGCGGAUUCAGUAGAUGUCCAUCAAAAUGACUGUUCGACGAUUGUCGAUGCCGAGGAUUUUAUUGGGAGAACGACAACAGUAACCGAAGGAGAUUCAUCUUUAAUACUCUAUGAUAGUGCUUUCAGCCUCAAGGGUGUCCAGGACGAUAUCUUUAUCAGUAAAGAGGAAUCAAAUUGCGAAACGACAAACUUUCUACACCACCCAGACGAAGUAGGAGAACAUCUAGAUACGAUUAAAGACGACUUAGAUAACGUCGCGACCGCUGAGGACUCGGAGUCAACCAUAAUUGUCUACGAGCAUGAAAUCGAUGAAUUUAGUGGUGACGGAGAAGCCUAUUCUAGCCAUUAUACAGAUUCGACGUCUGUGAACAACUGUAGUGUGGUUCUGUACGAGACCACGACAGAUGUGAUUAUCGGCGAAAGUAACGAAGAGUCAACGAAACCUCUGGAUGGUGCUGAUAAAGCUGUUGAGCGAUUCAAACCCACACAAAAGGUGGAAUCGAAAACUAGUAAAUCUUAUGAAAUUAAGAGAAAUAUUAAUAGAUCGUCAAGAAUAGUUUCGAGAUGCGGUACUUGCGGUACUGAUUUACGUCUUGUCCGUGCUCAAGUUGACUACUUGAAGACGAAACGAGAUAAGCUGCUGGCGGAGACCAAGCUAUUAAGACUGAAAAAGAAGAAACUUUUACAUGAAAUUAGACGAUUGGAGUAGAUUUUAAGAUUGGAAAUUGUGAUUAUUGUACAUGUAUUUUGAAUAUAGCAUAUUUUUAUGUGACCUACAAAUGAAAGGUUUCAUUCUCUUAAGUUGAAGUGAGCAAGCGGAUGAAGAGUGUGCUCGGAGAGGGCCUCGUUUUUAUGAUGAGUGGUGGCUG